AAAAUAGAACAGAACAACCCUGCAUGAGCUACAUGAUUUAGAUGCAUCGUACUUACUGAAAGAUGGAGAAAUUUAAAUCGAAUGCGAUUACAUUUGACCCAGAAAAGGAUGACCGUUCGCCAGCCGAGGUUAGCCUUGAAAUAGACGAUAGUCUUGACGUGAAACCAUUUCAUCACAGACCUUUCCGGAAACCUCCAAUAAUUGGUAAAGAACAACAAUAUCAGACAGAUGACAAAGUUCAUCAAUUGCAUAUGUUCCACGAAACUGACUUUGUCGUGUUGCUAUAUGGUUUUAUGAAUGAUAACAAAAUAGACCUUGCCACAAUAACGGAUGCAGACCUGGACUCGAAGAAAGAUAACAUUACUUGGUUUGACUUUAAAUCCAUGACCAUGUUCGCUAGUGUUAACAAGCAACGUUAUACCCGUACCGAAAUCAAUGCAGCUGCAGAAAGGCUGACAGGUUAUUACAUAGAAGAAGGUAUAGGACCGUUCACAGAGAAAAAUCUCGAUGGUACAUACCGUUUGCUGGAUCCAGAGUAUAUGGAAUACGCCAUACUGUAUUACUAUGGCCGCUCCAAUAUGUGUAUGCUUGUACGAGUCGCUCCAUGGCAGGCCAUGUUUAUGAAUAUAAUACCAUGCGAUUUGGAACCAAUGCACCUGCCAAUCGGAUGCGAUAGUUCAAGAUUUGAUAGUAUGACGAUGGGGGAGAGAGACUGUAUGCUGGCGUCUGAAAGGAUGAUAAAGGAGAUUUUGGAAGGAAAUGUUAAUGAUUUGGUGACAUCCCCAUUUUUUUACAGUCGUAGAAUGAAAAAAGAAUUUUUCAAAUUGGCCAAGGAGGAGGGAAACUUGAACGAAAUUUUCUCAGCUGUUGACAAGUUCUCGAAACCAGAACGGCCAAAAACCUUCUUGUACUGUAUCGUUGCAAAUGCUAUGCCAAAUCUAGAUUUUCUAGACCAGGUACUGACACUUUUCAUGAAGAGUGAUUUAUCACAUGAAGAGAAGAUCCUCCAGCUAACAGCGUCUUGUGCUGCAGCGUGCCGAUGGGGUCACAUUCUUAUCUACGAGAAACUCAGCAGAUUAAUAGAAACACCAACAUUUGAGAUACUAAGGAAAGCAGUUGUUGGAGGAAAUACGGAUAUCAUGCGCGGUAUUCUCCGUGAUUAUGAAUGGAGCGAAACUGCGACCAGGUCAGCUAUGGAAUGGGCCUGCUUCCUAGGUUUGGGUGAUGUCGUUAGAGUGAUACAGGGUGCUGGUGUACGCUUCUCAAAGAGGUGUCUCUACGACGCGGCUUAUGGAGGUAAUAAAGGGUUGUUCUUUGAAAUCUGCAACGAAGGAUACGAUUUAGAGACACGAUUCAAAGACGGCCAGACUGUUCUACACGUAGCUGCUGAAAGAGGCCAUUUCAGUAUUGUUGAAUUCUUGGUGCACCGGGGAGGAGUAGAUGUCGAUACUGAAAACCCAAAGCGUGAGACUGCAUUGCAUAUUUCAUUGAAAAAUGGUCAUGAAGAAGUUGCAGAGACGUUGUUGGACGGAAAUGCAAACACGGAUCUUCGUGAUGCUAGUGGAUCCUCUCCUCUCCACAAAGCAUGUGCUUUAGGGAACAUGCAUCUUGUGGAAAGGAUACUGGCCACUGGAUGCAACUCUAAUCCUGCGGACAAUGAUGGAAGGUCUGUGUUACAUAAAGCAGCCUUUGGUGGUAAUUUGGAUGUCAUACGCCGUCUCCGUCAACUUGGAAAUGCAGUGGAUGUGUUGGAUACCAAUGGAAGCUCUGUAGUACACUAUGCUUCUAUCCAAGGACAUCUGCAGAUUGUUGAAUACUUCAUGAACGAAUACCCAGCUUUGAUCGCAAAAGGAAAUGAAGAAAGAUGGAACCCAAUUGCAUGUGCUGCAUUCGGGGGACACUUUGAAGUGCUUGACUUUCUGGUUAGAAACCAUGCAGGUAUUCUCGUUGUGACAUCAUCGGGAAAGAACGCAAGACAACUGGCAAAUGAAGGCUUAAGUUUCAAAGAAUCAAACGAGAAGUAUUAUAUGGAACAGUUUAAAGAGUAUGUGUCAUUUGGAAGCAUUGGCAGUUUCAAUAAAUCAAUAGAGCUACUUACUGACGUGGAUCGCCAGAUAGCAUCGAACGAUAAUGAUUCUUAAUGUUCACUUGUGCCAAACCAUACAUUCUUGAAUACAUGAAUACAUUGUAAGCACUGGCCAUCAAAUUAUUGAUUUAACUAUAGGAAUUUAAUUAUAUACCUUAUAAAUGUAUAUUCUUUACGAAUUAUAUUUUUCAUACCUUUAGCCAUUGUUUGUACAACUGUACAUUUAUGGAGAAUCGACCAACCGAAUCAACAACAACCACGAACUCUUGUACGAAACUAAGUGGUGAGAAGACUAAGAUAGUGUUAUAGGUGUGAAAUGGACAUAUAUUCCUCGGUCAAAGCUGAAGCAUGUCAUUUGUUCCUUUGGUCACCAUCUGAAAAUAUCCAAUCAGAAGAUAUAUGGAAUAGCAAAGUAAUACCGAGUAACCUAAAGAAUUGACCAGUGAUAUAAGCUAUUUUGACUGCAGUAGAUUUUUUUUUGCGUUUGAGCCGCUACUUAUUUGCUUCUUAAUCAGUAUUUUCGGCUGUUUGCUUGAAAAUUGUAGAUUUGCAAUGAGCGUUCAGUUUAAAACUUACCAUAAUCUCGGUAAGUACUUUUGGCUUUAAACUUGUUGAUCUUAUGUUCUUUUUUAUUAUUUAUUUCUUGAAACCAUGCUAAGGUGACGCUAGUUUUUUCCCUAUAAAACGCACAAGUUGCAUUUCAGAAUUACAAUACCGUAUUGCUGGUAAUUUCCACGAGUCAUUUUUUUAAUUUUCUAAAGAGGUCUAAUUGAAUAACAACAAUUAAAUAUUAUAUAUAUAUAUAUAUAUAUAUAUAUUAUUUUAUCAUAUUAUUAUUUCAUGGGGUCAAUUUCGGCGGUUAGGUUAAUAUACCGCGAAAUAAUGAAAAUAUCUCUGCGAAAAAUAACCGGCUUUACGAUCGUUUAUAAUUUUGCGGCACAUCGUUGUUUUGCAUUGGUCACUUGUCAUCAGGGCGAUAACAUAUCCUAUCACAGUAGUUGUUCUUGAUUGGCUAUCUAGUAGCUUUUUUUAAUCGCAUCCUCCAACUAAGAGUUCCUUUUUAUACGCCGCCGGAUGCGGUCGUAUAUUGGCGUCAUCUUCUCCGUCUGUCCGUCCGUACGUCCAUUUCUUGUCAACGCAACUCCUCCUUAACUAAUGAUCAGCUUUUCAUAAAACUGCUCAAUGUCACUAAUACAAUCGUUCGAUGUGCAUGAAGGGGCGAUUUUACGGUUCAUUGAUUUUUGUAAGAUUUAUCCCAUUUGCAACUUUGUGUCUUUAGCUUACUCAUAGUGGAGCCUUGUAACUGUAACUCCUCCCAAACUAAUGAUAAGAGUUUCACGAAACUUUCUCAAUGUCACAACUACAGUGGGUGGAUGUGCUGGAAGUGGCGAUUUUACGGUUUUUCUUGAUCUUUAUAUUUUGUGGCGGCGUAUAUUGUGCCCACGGCACUCUUGUUAAUCUGUGUCGACAGAUAUCUUUUAAUCUUUCGUUGCAAUUGAUAAAAUCGUGAAUGUUCACAGUGUUUUCCUACGCAGGUUACUGGAUCUAUCAGCCUUCUUAAAUAAAGAUAGCCAAUUUUGUUACAGCGCUCCAUAAAAUUUUGUUUCAGCCGUUAUUGAAAACAACACUUUUAGAGAAAUAAAGUGCGAUAAUUUUUGUUGAC